AUGGGUGGGGAAUCUCCGCAUCUCGCCCCCGCUCCAGCUUCAACGCUUCCCCGGCUCGCCGAGCGCCCGGUUGGUCAGCGGAUCACCAAGAUCUACACGGACCGACUCAAACAGUUCACAUCGACCGGUCAAUAUGAAGGUCAAAACCUCCUCUCCAAAUACAACGAAGCAGUGAACUCCGAUGAAGACCAUGUCAAGCUGUCCGUCUACUCGGUCCCGGACCUGCAGCGGCCUUCCUUCGAUGAAGCCACUUCGCACGAAUUCAAGCCGACUAGAGUUGGAGAAUCAUUCGGGCCCAGUUGGUCGACCCAUUGGUUCCGAGUCCGGCUUACUGUCCCCGAGGAAAUGCGCCAUAAGGAACGGCUGGAGUUCCACUGGGAUGCAAACAAUGAGGGCUUGGUGUGGACAGAAGAUGGUCGACCACUGCAGGGUCUAACCGGCGGUGGGGAGCGGACCCAGUGGAUUAUUCCAGAUGAGUGGCGUGAUGGAGAAGAGUAUACGUUCUACAUUGAAAUGGCUUGCAAUGGCAUGUUUGGAAACGCUCCCGGAGGCGACACGAUCCAACCUCCCAGACCGGACAAGUCAUACACGCUCAGCAAGGCAGAGAUUGUCGCGGUCAAUAUGGAUGCGCGUGCACUAUACUACGACUUUUGGAUCAUCGGAGACGCGGCUCGCGAGUUCCCUGGUGACUCCUGGGAGGCCCAUGAAGCUAAUAUGGUAGCCAACUCCAUAAUUGAUGCCUUCAUUGCCGGCGAUGGAAGCCAACAGUCGAUCCUAGAGGCUCGCAAGAUUGCCCAGAAAUACCUCGGUGACAAGGUCGAUUCGCAGGACGUUUAUGAGACCGAUACUCAACCGAUUGUCUACGCCAUCGGCCAUUGCCACAUUGAUACUUGCUGGCUCUGGCCCUGGGCUGAGACUAAGCGCAAAGUCGCGCGAUCGUGGUCGAACCAGUGUGACUUGAUGGAUCGCUAUCCUGAACAUCGCUUUACUUGCUCCCAGGCACAGCAGUUCAAGUGGCUCAAGCAAUACUAUCCCAGUGUGUUUGACCGCGUCAAGCGUUGGGUGAAAAAGGGUAACUUCCAGCCGAUCGGCGGUAGUUGGGUCGAGCAUGACACCAACCUGCCCAGCGGAGAGUCCUUGGUGCGACAGUUCCUCUAUGGCCAGCGAUUUUUCGAAAGCCAUUUUGGAAAGCGAUCUACCACGUUCUGGCUGCCUGACACCUUCGGCUACUCUACCCAGAUUCCUCAGAUCUGCCGCCUCGCUGGAAUGAGUCGUUUCUUUACACAGAAGCUCAGCUGGAACAAUAUAAACAACUUCCCUCACACUACAUUCCAGUGGGUUGCGCUGGACGGUAGCCAGGUUAUUUGCCACAUGGCUCCCGCGGAGACAUACACAGCUGAAGCCCAUUUUGGCGAUCUUAAGCGCAGCGUCACGCAGCACAAGUCCAUGGACAAGGACAAGACCUCUUUGCUGGUCUUUGGCAAGGGUGACGGUGGCGGUGGUCCGACCUUUGAGCACCUGGAGAAACUGCGGCGAUGCCGUGGUCUCAGUGAUAAGAUCGGUACACUUCCACGAGUGAAAAUGGGCGAGUCAGUGGACGAUUUCUUCUCCAAACUGGAGGCCAAUGUUGCAAACGGUACGCAGUUCGCGACUUGGUAUGGUGAGCUCUACUUCGAGCUGCACCGCGGUACCUAUACCACGCAAGCAAACAACAAGCGUAACAACCGCAAGUCUGAAUUCCUGCUGCGCGAGAUUGAGCUUUUGGCUACUUUGGCUACUCUCCGUGGCUCUGACCGGGAGUACAAAUAUCCCAAGGAGCAGAUCGACGAGAUGUGGGAAGGUGUCCUGUUGUGCCAGUUCCACGACUGCUUGCCCGGUAGCUCUAUCGAAAUGUGCUAUGACGACUCGGACAAGCUUUACGCCGAAGUUUUCAAGACCGGCUCCAGGUUGCGUAAGGACGCUCUCAUCGCACUUGGAGUAACCAGCUCCAUUGACACCCAGAACUUGGUGGCGCUCAACACAUUGCCAUGGCGUCGCACAGAGGUCGUGAGGAUUCCCGAUACCUUGACCGAGUCCGAAGGGUCUAGGUACGCCCUGGCUGAAGGCUCAACUGGAGUUCUUUCAUGCCAACCAGUUGACUUUAAGGUCACCACCGCAGUCACAGUGACCGAGAUCCAGCCUGGCGUGUUCCGUCUUGAGAACGGUAAGCUGAAGAUCGAUGUCCAGGACGGCAUCAUUACCUCGCUUUUCGAUGUUGAGGCGAGCAGAGAGGUGGUCGCGAAGGAUGGAAAGGCUGGUCAAUUGGUCAUCUUCGACGAUAAGCCUCUCUACUGGCAAGGCUGGGAUGUGGAAGUCUUCCACCUCGAGUCGCGAAAAGAGCUGCCUCGCGGCAAGACCGUCAUUGCAGAGAACGAUAAACACCGAGCUAGUGUCGUCACCGAAACUAGGAUCAGCGAGAAGAGUUGGAUCAAGACCACCAUCAGCCUCGCAGCAUCUGUCUCCUCCGAACUCUCGCGCGUUGAGUUCGAGAGCGAGGUGGAGUGGCAUGAGACCAUGAAGUUCCUCAAGGUCGAGUUCCCUGUGGAUGUGACCAACACCGAAGCAUCCUAUGAGACCCAGUAUGGUAUUAUCCGUCGCCCAACCCACUACAACACAAGCUGGGACAUGGCCAAGUUCGAAGUUUGCUGCCACAAAUGGGCUGAUCUCUCCGAGCACGGCUACGGUGUCUCCAUCCUCAACGACUCCAAAUACGGUUUCGCUACCUGCGGAAACCUGAUGCGUCUUUCACUGCUACGUGCACCGAAGGCACCGGACGCUCACGCCGACAUGGGCCGCCAUGUAAUUCAUUACGCUAUCCUUCCUCACACUGGUGGUCUUGACGACCGAACUAUCCGCGCCGGAUACAACUUCAACCAGCCACUCAUCGUGGAGCAAGCCAGUUCCCAGAUCUCCGCUUGCGACGCUGCCUUCAAGGCUGUCUCCAUCCACGGCGCACCUUCAGUUAUCAUGGACGUUGUGAAGCGUGGCGAGGACGACGAGGAUGUCUCUACUGGUGGUAUCCCCACUCGUCCCGGCAAGAGUGUCAUCGUGCGCGUCUACGAGUCCCUUGGUGGAAAGGCCCGGGGUUCUAUUCGGAGCACGUUGCCUGUUAAGCGGGUAUGGAAAUGCAAUGUCCUCGAAGAUGACGAGCAGGAAUUGGAGAUCCAGAAGGGAGAUGAUUCGUCCUCUGUGGAUAUCGAGCUCAGGGCGUUCGAAAUUGCUACUUACCGUCUGCAGUUGUAA